AUGGCUCUGCCACUGAGUUGUAACGGACACCCGCCCAUCAAUGUUCAGGUUGACAUUGGUGGAGACAUUAUCCCGCGUUCGCUGGUAGUCUCUCGAUUGGAUGAUAUGGACAUGAGGGUAAUCUGCGCACUCGGAGACGGGACUCUAGUAUACUACACCCUGGCACCGAACCAAGCAGCCAUAACCGCAGAUGAUGGUAUCAACACCUCAACAGACACCGAAGUCACAUACAUGCUGACGGACAGGAAACACGUGACCUUGGCAACGCAGCCCAUAGAAUUGUCGCUAUUCCGUACCAAUGGACGCGAGUGCGUGUUUGCGGCGAGUGAUAGACCGGCGGUGAUAUACAGCUCGCAUGGCAAACUGGUGUUUUCUAAUGUCAAUGUGAAGGAUGUGGCGCACAUGUGUCCGCUGAACUCAGAGGCGUUUCCCGAGAGUCUGGCCGUGUUCUCUGACAUGCAGAUGACCAUUGGCACCAUAGAUGAGAUUGAGAAACUGCAUGUGCGCACCAUCCCAUUGGAUGCCAUGCCCCGCCGCAUCCAGAACAUGGAGUCCACAGCCACACUGCUGGUGGCGACCAUACAGACAACAAUGGAUGUUGAGUUCAAAGAGCAUGAUAUCUCGCGGCUCAGCCUGUACGAUGAGCUUACAUUUGAAGUGCUGGAUACGUUCGAGAUGGAAGAGAACGAAGACAUCUGCUCGCUGUGUGUGGUCUCGUUCGAUGCGCCGGCCUCUGAGUCUGCGAAGGAUGGAGAAGGCCCGCUCGCUGCAUCAGACAACGCCGAAGAUUCAGACACACAAGCGGAGGCAGCCGAGGUCACGGUGGCCGAUGCAGAGUACUACUACGCCGUAGGUACUGCGUUUGUGCUACCAGCGGAGGAUGAGCCCAAGGCUGGCCGAGUGUAUCUGUUCAAGGUGGUGGAUAGCAAGCUGGUCAAGAUAUGCGUGACGAACUUCAAGAGCGCUCCGUAUUCCAUGUGCGUAGCCAGCAAUCGGUUGGUGGUGAGUCUCGGGUCAAAGAUAUGUCUGUACUCUCUCAGGCCCGGGGACGGGGGCAGCAAUGUAAAGGAGCUGGCUCUGGAAUACUCGUACCAUGGAGGCAUUGUAUACCUCUACCUGAAGGGCCACGGAGACUUCAUAUUAGCUGGGG